AUGAUGUUGAAAUGUAUACACGAAAUGAUGUCACUUCAGGCCGUGUCUCGUAGGCAGCUUCACGCUCAAUCGCUCCGACUACCACGUGACAUGACCCUGCCGCCUCGGUACAUGUACGCCUGCGUGCCCGGCAACCGUGACCUCUUAGUGACCUCGAGUGGAUUAGACGCGAUCUGUACAAUGAGCGUCAAUGCUGUGUUGCGUGUGUGUCUGACCGUGUCGGCUUACCCCACUCCGAACGGAUGUGUCAAAUCAGUCUGA